GUCCAAUGGUGGUCCAAUGGGAUAUUUUAUUUUUGCCUACGAUGACUUUGUGACAGCAGAAGAGUUAUUUUAACGAUACAGACUGUAUCAUACAGUGGUAAUAAUAAUGUUAUGCACAUUCUUUCUAGUUUAGCAUACCUAAUUGAGCUUGGCAUUAUCAUAAUAAGGUAAUAAAAUGAAUAGCUGCCAUGGGCAAAUUCUAAAUGAGCAGGUAGGCUAAGGAAAGCAUAUGAUAUUUCCGUUUAUCUAUAAGUAUUAUAGUAAGUUGAGAAAAUUUGGCCAAAUUAUUUCUGUUAGAACGACAGUAGAAAGUGCGCAAGUGUUUUUCUUCACAAACCAACCUGACCACUUUCCUCAUAAAGUCAAGAUCAUGUACAAUACAUGAAGCUACAUACGUACAAACCUGUUCUCCAGAACUACAUAUACAUAGCCAUUUUACAAGUUUGCAUAUAAUCGCUGCCGAUUCACUGACUUAUUUAGUAAGUAAAAUCCUUGUAGCAGCAGCGUUUUGUUUCGGUUAUUCAAUCAGUUUUAAGAAAUUUUAAGAUGAGCAUAUCACGAGGCUUUGUGUUGGCUCGUCUUACUGUCAUUGUUUUAUCUCUCUACUUUGUGUGUCCUACACACAGCGUCAAUCCACUAGCAUCAUAUAAUGUAAUAUAUGGAUGGAAAAAAUUGGAUUUUAAAUUUUCCUCGGAUCAAACUCGAAAUCGACUGUUGGCCAACGGUGAAUUUAUUCCAGAGAACAAUGUUAUCACCGGUAUCAAGGUUAAGGAUAGGAGGAUAUUCUUAACGGUCCCGAGAUGGAGGAACGGGGUUCCAGCCUCCUUGGUUUAUGUUGACUUUGAUUUAGACGCAACUGUAGGAGCCAUUGGAGAAAUUAAAGGUCCUCUGUUGAACCCAUAUCCAUCAUGGGAGAUGAACCAGUUGGGAAAUUGCAACGCUCUUCAAUAUGUACAAUCCAUGGAGAUUGACCAAUUUGGUCGAAUGUGGGUGGUAGAUGUUGGAAGAGUGCACAUAUUUAGUAAUAGAACAAACAAGGAUGACAAAUGCCCUCCUAAGUUGGUAUUACUGGACACAUCAAGUGGAGACGUGAUUCGAAAAUACGAGUUUCCCAAAGACGUCGUUUCUCCAACUACCAACUUUUUGAAUGAUAUCGUCGUAGCGUGUAUCUCAAAGGAAAAUUGUUAUGCUUACAUUACGGAUGCCUUGGAUUCUAAAAUUGUGGUGUACAACUAUGUAGAAAAUCGUUCGUGGUUCGUACAUCAUUCCUCCAUGGUCGCAAACCAGGAUGCAGUUAAGAUAAACAUUUUAGAUGAAGACUACCAAUUUAGUGUAAACGUGGACGGAGUAGCUCUAUCUCCAAUAGACUCAAACUUCAACCGAUUGUAUUUCUGUCCCUUAAGCAGUGCAAAUCUUUUCUCCGUCUCAACAUCCAUACUCCGAACUGCUGUAAACGGGGACAAUUUGUCGGACAGUGCAGUUAGAAAUGAAGGCUUGAGGACGACUCAAUCUGACGGAUUGUCAAUGGAUUAUACCGGUCUCCUGUUUGCUGGUUUGCUGGGGAAAAAUGGGGUUGCGUACUACAACACAUCUUCAAAUGAGAAGGCUACUGACAAAGAAGUUUUAUUGGUACAAAAUGAUGUUGACCUCCAAUGGCCCGACACAUUUGGUUUCGACAACUCUGGAUACUUGUAUUUCACAACCAAUCGACUACAACGCUUCAAAGGAGACAAGUACGAUUUUGCCGAAACUAAUUUUCGAGUGGUCAGAAUGUACACAGGAGCAAAGAGCUACAUGUACUCUGCAAGUGAAAGUAAGAAACUGGAGGAGUCUGUUGUAAUUCCAAAAACCUUGUACGACGCUACACCAAAGACCAAUCAAGAUAUGGGGUCUGUAGAUUUAAAUGAUAAAAUCAAAUACGAUCAUAAUACUAAGGAGCAAGGGAAAACAAAAAACGGGGACAAAAACGAAGAUCUUUUUGUGGUCGCUAAUUCGUCGUUGAUACUUGAUCCCUAUAUGUUAAGCGCAUUAUUCUUUGUAUUGGUGACAUUUACAUUGUACCCUGCUGUAUAGUCUAUAAAAUAAAAUGGACAUAUUCUUUGAUAUUAUGAGAUAA